GCUAUGAAAGUGGAUGUGUAUGAGAAAGAAGUUCUGAAGUACAAGGAGAAGCUGAAUGAGCUGGAGUUCUAUAAAGCCAGAACAGAAGAGCUGAAAGAGGACAACUCCAUCCUGGAGGAAACCAAAGCCAUGCUGGAGGACCAGUUGUCCAGCAGCAGGAAGAGGAUUGAGACCGUGGUGGAGCUGGAGUCCAAGCUAGAGAGAUACAGGCAGCAAAUGGAGGAGUUGACUGUGGAGCGAGAGUCUGACAGAAAGAAAAUUGAAUACUUAACAGAAGAAAAUGCCCGGCUGGAGUUUGAGAAGAAGUCAAGCCUUAACGAGAGCUCCAGUUUGGAAACUGAGUUAUCGGUGGCCAUGUCGAGAAUGAACAAUGUGGGCUCAUCCUUGAGCGAACAGCUUUCAGAAACAUCACAUACCAGAAUUCUUAGACUGGAACUGGAAAACCAGAGACUUGCAGCCAGACUGGCAGAAAUGAAAGAGACAGCAUUGAUUCAGAGCGCCGAGGUUAGCUUGGAGCUUGAGAAAGAAAACCAGCGCCUGGCCAAAAAGGUGGGAUACUCUUCUCUACAAUCCGGUUCAUGUGAAGCGUCUGGCCAGCUGGUUCAGUUGGAGAGUGAGCUGUCUGCAGCCAGGGAGGAGAAGGACCGACUGAAGCAAACUGUGGAGACUCUGCGGGAGAAGUCGGAGCAGCAAGUUGAAGCACUGGAGAAAGAGAAUGAACAGUUGUCUCAAGCUUUACACCAGAUUAGAGAGAGGAUUGAGAAAACAAAUGUAAUUCUUGCCCAGGUCAAAGACUUGGAGAAAGAAAACAGGCGCCUGGUGGAGACAGUGACAACCAAGAAUUCACAGCUCAACAAAUUGGAGUUUGACAACCGCCAGCUGCAGCGAUCCUGCCAUCAGCUGCAGGAGAACAUACGUCGUGUCCAGGAGCUGGAGCAGGAGGUCCAGUCACUGGAGAAAGAGAAUGCUGAUCUACAUCAGAAGGUUGCUACGCUACAACACACUGCUGACAGACUGGAAGUGGUGGAGCAGGAGAGUUCGGAUCUCAGUAUAGAAAAUCACAGGUUGCAGAAAACGGUGGAGAGUCUUCAGAAACUGGCUCAGCGAAGAGAGCAAGAGGAACAGGAUCACAUCUCCUUGAAACUGGAGCAUCAACGCCUGCAGAGGACGCUGGAGACUCUGAAGUCAGAGACUGACAGAGCAGUGGAGCUGGAGUCAGAGAAGAAUGAUCUCAGCAAAGAGAUUCAGCAGCUGCAGAAGCUUCUGGAAGGGCAGAAGACACAGAAGCUGAAACAGGAACAGAUGGAGGUGGAGAUCUUGAACCUGUCAAACGAGAACCAGCGUCUGCGUAAGAGUGUUGAGUUGAUGAGCCGGCAGCUGCAACAGUUGGACAAGGACAACGUGGACUUGGAGACAGAGAAGGAGAAGCUGAACAGUGAGCUAGAGACUCUGCGGGUGACAGCCCAGCAUUUGGAGGAGAAGGACAAGGAGUCCUCCCAGUUGGAAGCUGAGUUGCUUCGUCUUCAGAAAGACAAGAGUGCUCUGGAGAAGGAGAACAAAAAGCUAAAGCAGAACUUAGAUGCAAAAGGGUCAUCCCUGGAAGAGGUCAAUGCCAAGGUCCUUAGUCUGGGUCAAGAGGUGAAAACCCAGAAGCUGGCAGUGGAGAAUAUGAAGGAGACUUGCGGCAAGGUCAAGGACUUGGAGAAGGAGAACAAGCAGCUUCUACAGGAACUGAACACAGACAGGAGGACCCUGGCCACCCUCAGAGAGGACCUGGUGAAUGAAAAGAUCCGCUCCCAGGAGCUGAGUAAUGAGUUGGAGCAACUGACUAGUGACCUGGAGAAUCUCGGAGUGGAUACAGCAAAGCUGACUGUGGCGGAGCAGGCCAAGGAUGCGAAUCGUUACAAAGCCCUGGAGACAAUGAUCGAGGAAACCCUACAGAAAAGCAGCGAGAUCAAGGAAAAGAAAAUUCUAUCGCUGGAGUCCAGACUGGAAGAGUCCAAGAGCCGCAACCUGAAACUCCAAGAGGAGCUGAGGACUGCCAAACGAGAGGGUGAACUUUUGAAACAGAGGCUCGAGGAGGAGUCGUCAGAGAAAGUUGUACUAGAUAGCAAGAAGGAGGAAAAAGACAGAGAUGGGAAAUAUGCACCUUCUGUGGCAACCAAGGAGAUCUUCCAGCUGAAGGAUCACCUGGUGGAGCUGGAGCGGAAGAAUGCCACUCUGCUGGCAGAGACUGACAACCUCCGCAGCAACAACCAGCACUUGACAGACCAGUGCGUUAAGCUGGAGACACAGCUGGCCAAUGUGCAUUCCCAGCAUGCAGUACUGCAGAGUCAUUACUCAAACUUACAGGAGCAGAACGCAAAACUUCAGGUUGAGUACAGCACUCUGCAGUCCCAGAUCAACUCCUCCUUGUCCCAACAAGACAUGCUCAAGCACCAGCUGUCCCGCCUGGAAACCGACCACGAGAAUUUGACCCACAAAUAUGAAGGGCUACAGAGCACCCAUCAGGCCUUCGUGUCAGAUCACGAGUCCCUGCAGCAUCUGCACCAGCAGUUGACUUCUGAGUACGAGUCUCUGGUGGCGGAGUAUGGCUCCCUCAAGUCUCUACACAAGUCUUUGAAGGUGGAGCUGAAGGAUUUGCAGGAUCAGCUGGAGGUGCUGUUGCAGGGAAAGGAUGAUGUGAAUAAACUACGUGAUGCCAUGGAGAAGGAGAAGGACCAACUGAAGAGGACAGCUCGGUUGAGGGAGAGCCACCAUCAGUUGAGGUCUGCCUACGAUAAACUGAGCAAAGACUACAGUGACGUUUUGGCCUCCCAUAAACAGGUGAAGACGGAUUACAACACACUUCAGCUGAAAACCACAGAGCUACAAGGGGACCUCAGUGAAGCCAAGGAGAACCUAUCUGUGGCAGACAUGGAGUUUCAGAAGCUGGAGAAUAGGAUGGAGGCUGUGUACCAGAUAAAUGAGAGGAUUGAUAACGAGAACCAAGCCUUGCUGAUGCAGAUCAAACAGUUGUUGAAUCAGAACCAUGAGUUGCUGAUGAAGGCACUCAACAGCAAGGACCACUUUGCAGAGGAGGAGAAAGCCUACUUGGAAAAGCUGUCAGAACUGAGACGACAGAAAGAACGCUUGGAGGAGAAGAUCAUGGAACACUACAAAAACAGAAUCUCACCCAAAAAGAAAGGUUUCGGAGCUCUUAUUGCAAGGAAAGCACGUGGAAUCAUGUCAAGGGCACCAAAGCGCAGCAAAAGCAGAAAUAACCUGUCGGAUGUGACAGACAGCUCCUCUCAGGGAUUUGGUUCUCCAGAUCAGACAAUCGACAGACAGCAUACCACUGAUAAACCCACAGAGAACUGCUGUAGUUGUACAGGGGCCAUCCCUCCCGAAUCUCCAGAAGUUACCAGAAGGACCAAAACCUUGGCCAAAUCUUACACUGUGCUUGACUUUGCUUUUGUUGACAUUGAGCAAAUUCAGCUCAGAGGUAGCUU